AUGAGUUUUGAGAUUCAGAGCACAUUUAUGUGCAGGCCCGAUGUGUAUGUGUGCACAACAGGAAUUUCUGCAUGCGAGAAGGUGUUGAUACGAAGCCAGCUUCCAAAACACGUCAUUCUUGAGGACGUGCUGUCUGCAAAGGUGAGCUAUUUAGCUACAUACAAGGCAACGAUGACUGAUAAGUAUAUCCAGGCACUGAGCUGGAAUAUGAAGAUAGUUGAUGUGAGAUGGCUGUAUGAUGUUGAUGGGGCAGUCAGAAGAUACGAGAUGCAGCCCUUUGAAGGCGCCUCCUUUUCGACGUCUGGCCUGCUUGGUGACUCGGUUGUCAAUUAUCAUUUACUGCUUGGAGGCAUAUUUACAGAGAACUUGAUGAUUUCGACCGACUUUCUGAUUGCAGCAUCGGACGAUGAUGGCAAGGCUGAGUUCAGCAAGAGAUACGGGAUUCCAAUAGUCAACCCCGAUGAUGCAUUCAAGGGUGUGUAUGAGAUAUACAAGAGAGAUUCUUACUUUGAAGCAGUUGCGAUGGCAGAAGGGCUGGUUUUUGACGAGAAGGUGUUUUUCCUGGAUGCAAGGCUGCCCAGGGUGCUUUUCAACCAGCUCCGAAGGAUGAUUGUAUCGAAUGGAGGAACCAGGGUGUCGCAGAUCGACAAAGAUGUCGAUUACAUCCUGGCGUUUGCAUACGAGGGUUUUGAGAAGUACGGGCACAAAGUUUAUCAUUAUCAAUAUGUGUUUGACUGCAUUGAAUCCAAAGCAGAGCUGUUUGCAGGAGCAUACAGGAUGUAUCCAAGCAAGAAGAAGCCUGUGCUGAGCAACAUUGUGUGCUGUGUAAGCACAGGAUGCAGGAAUGGAAGUAAUGCCGCAGAGAUUGCCAACAAGCUGAAGGCACUGGGUGCUAUAGUAAGGGAUAGGCCUGAUGCAAGCUGUACACACAUGAUAGUUGAUGGCAAAGAUGAAGCCCAUGGCAGCAGAAGGCGCUCAUACAAGGUUGUUUUGUCUGAGUGGGUCAAUCAGUGUCUUGGAUUGAUGAGGCAUGUUAGGGAGGAGAAGUACUGUGUUGGAAUGCCAAGAAGCUCUAUGCGUGCCUUGAGCAGGGAUUUAAUGAGAGGUCCAACGCCUGAAUGCAAGAUGCUGUUCCAGUUCACAGGGUUGUCUCUGUUUCUCAAGAACAAGGCGAUGGAGAGGCUUGAUGAGUUGGGAGUGGGCUUCAAGGAUACAGAUAGAUAUGAUGGAUGCACACAUUUGAUCAUGGGCGUGGUGAGUACAUCUGAGAAGCUUCUUUCGUGCGUAAGCAACGGGAAAUGGAUUCUAAAGCCGAGUGUUAUAGAUGACUUUGAUGGAUCACAUGAUUUUGAUUUUGCAAAGCAUGAGUGGAAGGAUGAUGAGUGUGUUGCAGAGAAAGACAGAAAGGUUGUGCUAUCGAUAUGCAAGUGGAGAGAAAAGGUCAAAGCAACAGGGAAGCCUGCAUUCUAUCGGUGGAUUGUGAAGCUUCUGUGUGAAGACCAGAAGCGAGAAGGAUAUGCCAGGAUGAUUGAGAACGGAGGAGGAAGAAUUACAGAUGCAGAGGAUUACACACACUGCUUUGUGUCAAGGACGUAUGAUGGAAUAGCUCCAGUAGAGAACCGCCACAGCACGGACUAUAUAUUUUCGUAUCUAUUUCGAUAG